AUGGAAAGCCUCAGUCGAGUGUAUCUCUUUGGAGAUCAGACUGCCGACUUUGAUUCGGGUCUGCGUCGCCUGCUUCAUGCCAAGAACGACUCCCUACUGAAGGCAUUUUUCCAGAAGUGCUAUCAUGCCUUGCGCACGGAAAUCAGCCAGCUGUCACCCUCGCAGCGACAGAUGUUCCCUCGCUUCACGAGCAUUGUUGACCUUCUGGCAAGAUAUCGAGAGCACGGACAGAACCCUUCUUUGGAAAGUGCGUUGACGACCAUUUACCAGCUUGGAAGUUUCAUCCACUACUAUGGUGACCUUGGCCAUGCGUAUCCUGUUGGAUACGACAGCUGCAUUAUUGGUCUGUGCACCGGCCAGCUUGCUGCCGCAGCUGUCAGCGCAUCGCGGACUGUGGGAGAGCUGAUCCCAGCCGGUGUUCAGACUGUUGUUCUGGCUCUGAGGCUUGGAGCAUCUGUCAUCAAGGUGCGGGACCUUGUGGAAUCAAAGGGACCGUCACCAAGUUGGUCUGUUCUGGUCUCCGGACUUCGAGGGCUAGAGGCUCAAAAGCUCAUUGAAGGCUUCGCCCAGACCAAUGCCCUUACUCGUGUUUCUCAGCCAUAUAUCAGUGCCAUCAGCCAGAAUGGUGUCACCAUUAGUGGUCCACCUUCUAUGCUCGGGAAAUUCGUCGACGAAUGCCUCUCCAAGGAGCAGAAGCCCACCCGGGUCCCAAUUCACGGUCCUUACCAUGCCGAGCACCUGUAUGAUGCGAGAGAUAUUGACCGAAUCAUGGAGUCCUGGCCAAAAGAAGAGUUUGAGAACUACGUCCCCCAAAUUCCAAUCUUGUCAGGCGAGACAGGCAAGGCAAUGGAAGCCCAAAGUAUGGAGGCUCUUCUAAAGAUGUCCCUUAAUGAGAUUUUGUUGCGCCAGCUAUGUUGGGACAAGGUUGUCGACGCAUGCUCUUCCCACUUGAAGUCAACAAAGUCCAAGUGCACCCUGCUUCCUAUUUCAAGCACGGCAACACAGAGUCUGUAUACGUCAUUAAGGAAGUCUGGAAUCUCAAACCUUCAGGUUGAUGGCUCUAUUGGCGAGGUGAAGAAGGAUGCAGAAGGCGAUAACCACAGUGGUCGCUCCGAACAAUCCAAGAUUGCCAUCAUCGGACUUUCAGGUCGAUUCCCUGAAGCUCCCGACACCGAAGCAUUCUGGGAACUCCUGUAUAAGGGACUCGAUGUUCACCGUGAGGUGCCCCCGGAGCGCUGGGACGUCAAAGCACAUGUCGACAUGGAUGGAAAGAAGAGAAACACCAGCCAAGUUCAAUAUGGCUGCUGGAUCAAUGAGCCUGGUCUAUUUGACCCUCGAUUCUUCAACAUGUCUCCUCGUGAGGCCUUGCAAGCGGAUCCUGCCCAGCGCCUUGCUCUCCUUACUGCCUACGAGGCUUUUGAGAUGGCUGGUUUCAUCCCGGACAGUACUCCGUCCACACAGAAGAACCGAGUCGGUGUGUUCUACGGAAUGACCAGUGAUGAUUACCGCGAGAUAAACAGCGGCCAGGAUAUUGACACCUACUUUAUUCCUGGUGGUAACCGUGCUUUCACUCCUGGUCGAAUCAACUACUAUUUCAAGUUCAGCGGCCCUAGUGUCAGCGUCGAUACGGCCUGUUCGUCCAGUCUGGCUGCCAUUCAUAUUGCAUGCAACUCCCUAUGGAAGAACGACUGCGAUUCCGCCGUGGCAGGUGGCGUCAAUAUUCUAACCAACCCGGACAACCAUGCUGGUCUUGAUCGUGGCCACUUCCUCUCCCGAACUGGAAACUGCAACACCUUCGACGAUGGUGCCGAUGGCUACUGCCGAGCUGAUAGCAUUGGCUCCGUGGUUCUCAAGAGGCUUGAGGACGCCUAUGCCGAUAACGACCCCAUCUACGGUGUCAUUGACGGCGCUUACACCAAUCACUCGGCGGAGGCCGUCUCCAUUACCCGUCCUCUUGCCGGCGCCCAAUCUUUCAUUUUCGACAAGUUGCUCAAUGAGGCCGACAUCGAUCCCAAGGAGGUCAGCUACAUUGAGAUGCACGGAACCGGAACCCAAGCCGGCGAUGCCGUCGAGAUGGAAUCAGUGUUGGGGGUUUUUGCUCCCGACUAUCGUCGUGGGCCAGCUCAGUCGCUUCAUCUCGGCUCGGCUAAGUCUAAUAUCGGUCAUGGAGAAUCUGCCUCUGGUGUCUCGGCCUUAAUCAAGGUCCUCGUCAUGAUGCAGAAGAACAUGAUCCCGCCUCACUGCGGCAUCAAGAACAAGAUCAACCAUAACUUCCCCACUGACAUGGCGCAACGAAACGUGCACAUCGCCAUGGAGCCCACUCCUUGGAAUCGCCCUGAGGGUGGCAAACGCAAGGCUUUUGUCAACAACUUCUCAGCAGCUGGUGGAAACACUGCGCUGCUGAUCGAGGAUAGCCCUCUGCGUGAGCGCAGCGGAAAGGACCCCCGGUCUAUGCACGUCGUCGCCGUCUCCGCCAGAUCUCAGUCUGCGCUGAAGAAUAACGUUGCCGCAAUGGUCCAGUAUAUCGAUACGAACAAGAACUUGUUCAAUGUCAAUGAGGAAAGUCUUCUUGCUAGCCUCUCUUACACCACUACCGCGCGUCGCAUCCACCACCCAUUCCGAGCUACCACAACUGGUUCGACGCUGGAUGAAAUCCGCAAUGGCUUGAAUGCUAGCGUUAAUCGUGAGAGCAUUACUCCGGUUCCUGCAACCGCGCCCGGAGUUGGGUUUGUCUUCACCGGACAAGGUGCUCAAUACACCGCCAUGGCUGGCCAGCUGUAUGAGAACAAUUCGCAAUUCCGGACUCACAUCGAGCACCUCGAUCGCAUUGCUCAAAGCCUGGGCUUCCCAUCAAUUAUUCCCUUGAUCGAUGGCAGCGUUCAAAUCGAGGAGUUGAGUCCUAUUGUAACCCAGCUGGGUACUACUUGUAUCCAGAUGGCUUUGACAAAGUUCUGGAUCUCCCUUGGAGUUGCUCCGACCUUUGUACUCGGUCACAGCCUGGGCGAGUAUGCUGCUAUGAAUGCUGCUGGCAUUCUGACAACCAGUGACACUAUCUACUUGGCUGGUCGCCGGGCUCAGCUGCUCACCGAGCGGUGCCAAGUUGGAACUCACGCUAUGCUGGCUGUCAAGUCCUCUGUCGCUCAAGUGAAGCAAUUCCUGAACCUGAAUGCUGCUGAGGUAGCAUGUAUUAAUGCUCCCAGCGAGACUGUCAUUAGUGGAUCCGUAAGCGAGAUUGAGAAGCUUGCUGAUACACUUUUGAACGAGGGUUUCAAGGCUACUAAGCUGAAGGUACCUUUCGCCUUCCACUCUGCCCAGGUUGAGCCUAUUCUCGAGAGUCUCGCCGAUAUCGCCAAGGGUGUUACAUUCCAUGAGCCCUCUAUCCCCUUCGUCUCCUCUCUACUUGGAGAUGUUAUCAAGGAAGCCAAUCCUGAGGUCCUCGCUCCUAACUAUUUGACUCGCCACUGCCGGGAGACUGUCAACUUCCUCGCUGCUUUGGAGGCCACUCGCCACUCCAAGCUGAUGAAUGAUAAAACCAUUUGGGUUGAGAUUGGCUCUCACCCCGUCUGCUCUGGCAUGGUCAAGUCGACCUUUGGUCCCCAGGCUACAACUGUGGCAUCACUGCGUCGCCAGGAAGAUACAUGGAAGGUGCUGUCUAACAGUCUUUCGGCUCUGUACAUGGCUGGUGUGGAUCUUCGCUGGAAAGAGUAUCAUCAGGACUUCAGCAACAUGCAUGAGGUACUGAAUCUUCCUGCCUACAAGUGGGAUCUCAAGAACUACUGGAUUCCUUAUACGAACAACUUCUGCUUGCUGAAGGGUGCUCCGGCGACCCCUACCACCGAGGCCGCGCCUGUCACUACCUAUUUGACAACAGCUGCCCAGAAGGUGCUCGAGACAAGCGGUGACGAGAAGACGGCGACUGUGGUCAUUGAGAACGACAUUGCCGACCCUGACUUGAAUCGAGUCAUUCAGGGCCACAAGGUCAAUGGCGCCGCUCUAUGCCCAUCGUCUUUGUACGCCGACAUCGCUCAGACACUUGGCGAUUUCUUGGUCAAGACCUACAAGCCCGACUGGGAGGGACGAGGCUUUGACGUCUGCAACAUGGUUGUGCCCAAGCCCAUGAUCGCAAAGGGCGGCAAGCAGCUGUUCCGAGUGUCAGCCACUACUAACUGGGCUGAUGAACACGCUGUCAUUAAGGUCUGGUCCGUCACGCCUGAAGGCAAGAAAAUUAUCGAUCAUGCGCACUGCCAAGUUAAGUUCUUCGAUACUAGUGUUGCUGAGGCGGAAUGGAAGCGCAACACCUAUCUCAUCAAGAGAAGUAUUGAGCACCUCCGGGAGAGCACCGAAUCUGGUGCGGCCCACCGCAUGAAGCGCGGAAUGGUAUACAAGCUGUUUGCUUCCCUGGUCGACUAUGAUGAGAACUACAAGUCAAUUCAGGAAGUCAUUCUCGACAGCGACCAGCACGAGGCUACUGCUUUGGUCAAGUUCCAGGCUCCUCCUGGAGAUUUCCACCGCAACCCCUUCUGGAUAGACAGCAUUGGUCACUUGUCUGGCUUCAUCAUGAAUGCUAGCGAUGCCACUGAUUCCAAGAAUCAGGUAUUUGUGAACCACGGUUGGGAUUUCAUGCGCUGCUUGAAAAAGUUCGACCCCAAGGUCACCUACCGCACCUACGUUUGCAUGCAGCCAUGGCGAGACUCGAUCUGGGCAGGUGAUGUGUGGAUGUUUGAAGGCGAUGAGGUUGUUGCUGUUUACGGUGGCGUCAAAUUCCAGGCUUUGGCUCGGAAAAUUCUCGACACUGUUCUCCCGCCUGCCGGAGCUGCUCCUGCUGCUCCAGCUGCUCCAGCAAAGGGUAGACCUGCACCCAUCAACCUUGAGAAAGCGAAGGCUCCUCCGAAAAAGUCAGCCGAUCGCGCUGCGCCUUCUAAGUCCGCUGGCCCAAGUGUUAUCACCAAGGCCCUCGCCAUCCUGGCCGAGGAAGUUGGUCUUUCUGUAUCGGAGUUGACCGACGACCUCAACUUUGCGGACUAUGGUGUUGAUUCUCUGCUUUCCUUGACCGUGACUGGUCGCUACCGCGAGGAGAUGAGUCUCGACCUUGAGUCCUCAGUCUUUGUGGAUCAGCCCACUGUCAAGGACUUCAAGCAGCUUCUGACCCAGAUGAGCCCUGGUGAGAGCGGCAGCGACGGAUCUAGCAGCGAGCUCGACAUCUCCUCUGCCGCCUCCUCGACGGACAUUUCUGCUCCAAAUUCGAGUGGACUUCCAACUCCCGCAAAUGAGAAGAGCAUGACCUACGAGCAGAAUGACAGCAUGAAACAGAUUUGUGAGAUUCUUGCUGAAGAAAUUGGAGUUCAGCCCAAUGAGCUUGAGGGCGAUGAGAACCUGGCUGAAAUGGGCCUUGACUCUCUCAUGUCACUGACUGUCCUCGGUAAAAUUCGCGAGACUCUAGACCUCGAUCUCCCGGGAGAAUUCUUCAUCGAGAACCAGACUGUCAACGAGAUUGAGACGGCACUCGACUUGAAACCAAAGACCACUGCUCCUGAGCCUACCCAACUUCCCCAGGAGAUCCCUGUCCAGGUCCCCAAGGCUGCUCCAAGUAAAGCUAUUCAGCACCCGCCUGCAACUUCCAUUCUGCUGCAAGGUAACCCUAAGACGGCUACCCAGAAAUUGUUCUUGUUCCCUGACGGCUCUGGAUCUGCCACUUCCUACGCCACAAUACCAGGUCUCUCCCCCAAUGUCUGUGUGUACGGAUUGAACUGCCCGUACAUGCGCACUCCCGAGAACCUGAAGUCCAGCCUGGACGAGAUUACUGCUCCUUAUGUCGCUGAGAUCCGCCGUCGCCAGCCUCAUGGACCUUACAACUUCGGUGGUUGGUCAGCUGGUGGCAUCUGCGCCUUCGACGCAGCCCGUCAGCUAAUCUUUGAGGAAGGAGAGCGAGUUGAGCGUCUGCUCCUUCUCGACUCACCCUUCCCGAUCGGUCUCGAGAAGCUUCCUCGCCGUCUCUACCGCUUCUUCGAUACCAUCGGUCUCUUCGGAGAGGGCAAGGCACCCCCGCCCAAGUGGCUGCUCCCUCACUUCCUUGCCUUCAUUGACUCUCUUGAUGCCUACAAGGCGGUGCCUUUCCCCUUCAACGACAGCAAGUUGGCCGAGAAGCUCCCAAAGACCUUCAUGGUCUGGGCCAAGGACGGCGUCUGCAACAAGCCCACGGAUGCUCGUCCAGAGCCUGCCGAAGAUGGAAGCCCCGAUCCCCGUGAGAUGCUCUGGCUUCUCAAUAACCGCACCGAUCUCGGUCCCAAUGGGUGGGAUACCCUCGUUGGUCCCCAGAACGUGGGUGGCAUUACCGUCAUGGAGGGAGCUAACCACUUCACUAUGACCCGUGGCGAGAAGGCCAAGGAGUUGGCUGCGUUCAUGGCGAACGCGAUGAACACCGCUGUCUAA